CUUAUAUGAUUGAUAAAACUGUGUAUAAAAGAUGGUAAAGUACCACACUUUGGAAGUCAGUCAAAAAUGUACCGACUUUUAAUCACUGCAAGUGCUCUCGUUGCUGUUGUCUUUGGAGCACCACAUCCUGAUGUUAGUAUUCACGGAGGUGAUGAUGCAGCUCUAGGUCAAUUCCCGUUCAUCGUCGCUCUUAACAAUUCCGAACAAUUCUGCGAUGGUUCAAUUAUCAACAAAAACUGGGUUGUUACAGCUGCCCAUUGCAUCUACUCUGUAAAAACCAAUACUACCACAGUUCUAGCCGGAACAAACAAGCUCGACUCUGGUGGUACUACCUAUAAAGUUUCCCAGUUCUUACACCAUCCAGAUUACAACACUACCAACAGCAAAAACGACAUCGGUCUUAUUCAAAUUGUCGGUGAAUUUGAAUUUAGUGAGAAUCUUCAACCAGUGGAAUUUACUCAAGCUGGAGUUAACGCCAGUUGUCAGGCUGUCGGCUGGGGAGGGACUGAAGAAGUAGUCACGCCUGAAAAUCUGAAAUAUGUGGGGUUGACAGCUUUGGGGUUGGAUGAUUGUAAACGAAUCACUGCCGAUUAUAACAAUGGCCUUUAUUUGGGGGAAGAACAGGUUUGUGGUUAUGGACCUUCGGGAAAGGGGGCUUGCUAUGGGGAUUCUGGUGGGCCAUUUGUUUGCGAUGGUAAACUGGCUGGAGUUACUUCUUAUGCGUUUCUACCGUGUGCUCGUGGUGUUCCGGAUGUGUACACGCGACCAACGUUUUAUGUUGAUUGGAUCAAUUCUGUAGUAAACGCGGAAUGAGCGAAGAAAUUAAUAAAAAAACUAACAAUAA